AUGGGUGCAAACGUGUCCAAGCCUGACGCUCAUGGCGUCGGCAUUUCUCAACAAGCAGGGCUGAGGCAGCAAGGUCUACGUCGACCUCCUGGGCCCUCCAUUGGAUAUCAACGCCUUCCACCUGUAGAAAGCAGAGAGACAGUGCGCUUUCAGGUGGCCAACGUCCAAGCCUGGCGACUUGUAGACUCAACUGACAGUCUCUACGAGUCUACCACGGUUCGAAAGUCUUUCGGUUCUGCCCAGAUUGUUCCUCGACCUGUUGCAAAGCGUGCUCCUUCUCCAGCUCGGGCAUCAGUGAACAAAAAGCGGCGAUUAGUUCCAACUCCUCGAGCUCUCCAGAUCGCCGAAGAAGUCAGCUCGGCGACAGAGACUGAUGACGAACAGAAAGUGAACAUGGGAGAACAACCCGCACUUGAAGCUUCUACAUCGACGCAAACAGAUGCCAGGUUUGCCCGCCCACAACCAAAUAAUCUCAGCUUUUUCCAGGAUGACGAAGACUCAUCAUGCCUUUUUUUCGAUGAAGGCUAUGCCUCCUAUGUCGUCAGUCCCCCAUCCAAUGGCAGUGAUCUCACAGAAGACCAGAAGGAAGAACAAAUGGUCAAAACAUUGGCCACACUCCAGCGAUCAAACAUCGUUCUGGCAAAACCUCUUGCGACAAUCGAGGAGUCAAUCAGCUCUGCCCAGGUCUCUGAUGAUGAGAACGAUGAUCUUCAGGAGGCCAGGGAAUGGAUGCUUAGAGAUCAACAAGAAGCAGCCGAGAGAAGUAAGAAGCUUCGGGAACGAAACCUGGCACGAAGACAGUAUGAAGAUCACUCAGGCAGCUCUGUGACAGCCAAUACAGACAAGCGUCAGGAGGAGCAGCAACAAGAGCAGCAGUUGGCCCCACCGGCAUUGAAUGGCAACGUUGGUGUUCAUGAGAAAUUGUCCGACGUGUACUCCGAAGGUGAACAACAUGGAUCCAACAUGGAAAAGCUAUUGGAUAUUGCGAAGCAACACGUCUUCCAGAACUCGCAGUCCUCCAGGGUCAAAGAGAGAGACACAUUGAAGUCCGAUCCAAAUGCCAUCAACCCAGCCUCCCAAAUUGCGGCUGAACAGUAUCGGACACAAAGCCGCCAUGUGAACACUCAGCCCCAGCAGGAGCAGCCAUUGCACAAUCCUCAUGGUGUUCCGCAGGAGAACAGAGAAGCGCGACUUCGUGAAUUGACAAACACGGAUCACGGUGUGAAAAGAGGGAUGUAUAACAGCGUGAGAUCCCCAAGAUUGGACAACCAGUUCACUGGGGAUGACUUGAGGUCUAGAGAGCCGACUGGUAUACAGACAACACCAACAACAAUGCCUGAUACCACAUGUCGCGUCAAUUUAGCGCCAAAACCGAGAGUACCCCAGACUGUGAAUCAAUCAGGCGUCAAUGAACACCCAUCUGGUAAUCGUGCCUCAGGGCUUGAGAUGCUAUCUGCGAAGCGAAGAGAGAAUACCGAACCAGACAAAGACAAGACCAUGACCAUCUCAUGUCCGCGGCCAAAUCCACACGCACCAACACCAUCCGUCCCCCCUAUCAACCGUUUGUCCGAGCUUGACAUGCCCCUCGCUCAACAGAAGGUCGAUGUCGAACCAGACAAAGACAACGAGACGACUACAGCAGCACCGCAACCAUGUCUAAACGCGACAACAAUAUCGUCCGCCCCUGCAAGACGCAUUUCCGGCCUUGAGAUGCUCUCUGCGAAACAGAGAGACAACGUUGAGUCGCGCGAUGAUAUGAAGACAGCUGUAACCUCACCACAGCCAUCUUCAAGCGAGACACCAAUAUCAUCUGUCGCGGGAAGACAUGCGCCAGGGCUCACUACGCUCUCUGCGAAACAGAGACUACAAAUUGCCGCUGAAAACAACAAAGUCAGAACUGUCAGAUCAGCCCAACGAUCUUCAAGCGCGACAACAGCACCGUCAACCCAGAAAAGCGGGCUGACACUCCCAAUCAAGUUUGACACAUACGAUGAAGAGGAGAAAAAAGCCAUUGUCGAGCAUGAAAUCGCAAAGGAAAGAAAGCGAGACUUGGAGAUGAUCGAGCGAGUCACUCUAGCCAUUGCCCAGUUACGAUGUCUUGGAGAAUUCUCCGAUCUCGACCAUAAAGAGCUGGAUGAAGUCCAGAAGUAUCUCUCUGUCGUGAUCGAGCAGGGCAUGUGCGGCAAGAUGAAAAGACCUCGGAUCCAACACAUCAGAGACAACAUGCGAAGAAGAGCUGUCGGAUACGAAGAACCGAGCGAGGCUGACGUGGCAGCUUGGACGAACAGAGUCUUCAAAAAGUCUGACCUGGACUUUGUGAAGGAAGAGCUCGUCAAAGUCGAAGAACGGAUCAAUGAACUUGGCUCAUUGCGCACCUCAUACUCCACCAAACGGCACAAUUCACGAACAAAGAAGGACAAGAGGAGGAACAGAGCCGACAAGCAAACCCGGUCUGUGGUGGGAGAUCAAUAUGCAGACGACACCAGCACGUCCAUCAGACAGGUCAGACAUUCUCAACGGAGUGUGAAUCCCACACAGAAUCGACGGCAGGCUCAGCAUGCCCACCAAGACCGGCUUCAAGACAUGCUCGAGGCCAAGCUGCAACUUUUUGAUGAUGCCGCUGCCCCUCGGCAGGCAGAGGACAGCCAGGUCAUCGAUUUGCCCGGCGGGCAUGAUGCACCACGUUGUUCACAGCCUCAACAGCGCUAUCAUAGUGAUAGCGAGAGCGAGGAAGAUGACGGUGCGCAGUAUGUCUUUGGCGCUGGAAUGGCUGCACCAAAAAUGGCAACAGCAAGUACAUCGGGGUUCACGGCACCUUCGUCGUUUCCUGUAUCGACUCAAGAAGUCCAAAUCGACCAGGACAUGGAAGAGAUCAACCGCCUUGAAGAUUCAAGACAGCUUGAGAGCAGAACACAUGCGUUGCAGCGCUCCGAACAGAGGCAGCCUCCGCCCGAGCCAACAACUCCAUCGGCCAGCACCCAGCGUUUCGACCCGGAACUGUUGAAAAGAAUGCAGAACAAGCAUGCACAAGCGUCGCAGAAGCCAGCCUCAGCUCCGGGUCUAGAGCAGUCAAGCAACACUGGUACAGUCGGUGUCGAAGACAUGGCAGACCACGAAGCCUCUGCCACGGACUCAUCAGAAGUAUCCUCGUCAGGAGAUGAGGCAGAUGACGACUCCGAAGACGACGAAACCAGUCGCCAGGUCUUCAAAUACACAGUCAUGGGCGCGUUCGCUGGCAUCGAGAUCUACAAAGAUGCCGACACAUAUAUCUUCAAAACGACAUAUAAACCAGCCAGCGCCAAAGCCAUGGUAGCCAAGAUCAUUGAAAGCGUCCUCCGACAAUUCCCUCCGGCCGGCGGCAUCGAUGCCGGCCACUGGUCUUUGGACGUGGCAUACCGUGAUGGCCUGAUCGAGCAGCACCUGAUGGUCGGCGAGGAUGUGACGGUCGAGGCGAGGGUGUGGAUCGAAAAGGAACUUGUCGAACUAGACAAGAAGGCCUAUCGAUCUGCCAAAGCACGAACGAUAGCUCAGCACAAGUUUCUCUAUGCCGUCUAUUGGGAGAAGACUAUCACACCUGUCGGGGCAGUGGGUGAUGGAUCUGAACAUGACAACCACGACGAGCAGCAGCGCUCUGGUGUCCCUUCUCUACCACUACCAGGACUCGGGAACCACCACCAACAUCAACAGGACGAAACUGACAUCGACUUGUUCGGCGAAGAUCCUCCUUCUCCUCGAUCUUCUUCUCCGAUGAGAGAUGUUGUUGUCUCCGAUUCUCACGAUCAUUCUCGCUCUCAAGCUCGUCCUACUACUACCAUCAGUACGAUCUCACCCCAUGAAGUCCAGCACUUCACAACCCCAGUCCUAGCCAACCGCCACGCAAAGGACAUCUACAUGGCAUGGCACGCGACCUUUCUCCCUGGCUUCCGCAACGAAGGCUACCGUCGUCUCGAAGAAGAUGCGGUCGAACAGAUUUUGAAGAUGCUUGGAUCUUGGGGUCUCUGGAGCCGUGAGGAGAGCUUCGAACGAGUUGUCACGAAGGAAGACAAUCUGGCAGGCCAAGGUGGAGGUGGAUGUGGAGGACAAGGCCGAAAUGGAAAUGGAAAUGGAGCUGCACAUUCGACGAACGCGCACAUCAAAGUCGAAGAGAAAUUCAAGGUCUGGGUUCGGAGGAUCGAGGUUUAUGGGCCGGGAAACUGA